AUGGCUGGAACAGACACCCCAUGGGCUCGUCUGGACCAGACAUUUGCGUUCCACGGGUCGGACGACGACAACGAUGGCAAUGAAACGGCCAACGAGUAUGAUGGGUACGAUGAGUAUGGCGAGGGUGGCAGAGGGAGUAGGAAAGGCUCAGUUGCGACGAUCAUGAUCGGCCACGAACCGCGACCUCAACCGCAACCCUCACAACAUCGAAAACAACACCGACAACAUGGCAACGUCGACAACAACACACACCACCGCACCGCCACACCAGUGCCAGCAAGCCUGGGCAUCAACGCCAACUAUCUCAAUUAUCUACACGGCAGCAGCAUCAACAACUACAACAGCAACACCGGCCUCGGCUAUCUCUCGACGAGCACAAGCAGUCGAUCGAGCAGCCGACCAAGUGACAAGCCAUUUCACCGGUCGCAGCCGUCUGCCUCGUCAGUGGCUUCCUCCGUCUCGUCCUUCAACAUCCAACCAGGAGGCUUUGCCGAUGCUGACGGGUUUACCUCGUCAUCACUUAAGCGCGGCGCCUCUCUGUCUUCCCACACGACAUUGCUGCGACCGGCUCAAAGCUCGGCAGGCUGGUUCUCUUCCGUAGCACAGCAACGAACGCAAGACAAGAACGCAAGCUCGGCCAGUUCUGCCUCCGACCGUCGUAGUAUUGAACCACUGACUCUCACACCGCUGGAUCUCCCGCCAUUGGCAUCACCUCCCACACAUGCUCUGUCUGCAACCGCAGGCAACCUGAACACUCGUCCCAUCACACCCCUCGCCCAGCCACCGCUCAUGGCGCCGCUUGCUCUUCCACCACUCAAGCCCCGGUCGCGGGGAGGGGGUUCACCAUCCUUUGCUUCCGGACAUCUGCCGGCGGCGUCAUUGCGAUCAGUCGCCCACGGUGAUGCUGUAUCGCUCUUUUCUGUUCACAGCAUGGGCAGUGCUGGCACAUCGACCGCCGCCUCUGCACAUAACAGCGCCACCCGCGAUGACUCCUCGUCCACGCAUAGCGAGCGUCGUGUGCCUGCCGCUACAACAAAGCAAACGCCUUCUCUUCCGCUGCUGUCCUCAUUUUCAUCGUCCUCCCGCCUGAAGCCAUCUGCGGCUGCACCGGGCAAGGCGGUCCGCAAAUUCAUGCGUAUGGCCGGCAAGGCUGCCAGCUCGGCCAAGGAUGCCAUGAAAGGGCCCCUCCAUACAAACAGCAAUGGCAGCACACCCUCGAUCGGGUCUCAUUCGGCCAGCGGAGCACCGUCAAUCACGGUCACAACACCAGUUGAGUCACCGGUAAUAUCUUCCAUACCAUCACCGAGGCCGCCACAGUCUCCACCCUACGGGGAAACUGUUACGGCUGCUCAACCGGCUAUGGUGCCCCGGCGCCGGUCCAUGAGCAAAAUCUCCCAGUUGACGGGCAUGGAUGUGGGAGACGUUGGCAGUGGAAGUACUGCGACUCGCAGCAGCAAAUUGAGCGGUCUCCGCCGGAGUCAGUCGGAUACACCUGUGACGAAACAUCACCCACAGCCUUCUUCAUCUCCAGUCUCAAACUUGCCAGGUUCGGCGGUUACGUCACCUACUUCCACAACUGCAACGACACCCAGCGUCUGGAACACGGCCAUGUUCAAUAGCGAUGACGAAAACGAUGACGAGAUUGAAGAUGAGCACGAGGCAAAUGACGGCGCGCGCAGGCGUGACAGCAGCAUCACGAGCAAGAGCCCUGUCCCCACGGCACCCGACGAGGCCUCCGUUCUUGCCGACACACCGGACCCUGCCACGGCAUCACUUCUCCGGUCUCUCUCACAGACGUCGUCUCAGCCACCACCAUCAGUGUACCAGCCCGUGUCCCGACAACAACCGAGCCAACAGACCACUCCACUCAUGGUGGCAGAACAGCAGCGCUCGCUCUUGCCUCCGAAUCGGCUUCUGAAAAUCAAGCGUUACAGCGAUCCCGCGAUGGCCCCGAUCAUCGAGCAUCCCGACGAUGCGACAAACCCAUCGGGUAGCAGCAGCAGCCGUGCCAGUAGCCACUACAGUGUCCACGAAGGCAACAGCGUCCCGGAUGCGGUCGACGAAGAUGCGUCUGCUUUCAUUCCCAGUCGCCCUGCACCCGUUCCGGUCCGGUCACCUUCUCCGUCGCCUGCAGCAUCACUCAUAACAUCGCCCACGCCGCAACCUAUGCUGUCACUCAACGUGUUCUCUACCGGUUCAGCCGUAUCAGCUGGCGCCAUAGCCAAGCACAUCCCUACGAUUCGACUCUUCCCCAGCUCUUCUGAUAACCAAAGGUCGACUACGAGCCCAACAUCACCAAUUGCUACGGCCAGUUCACCGACGGCGCCCUCCCCAUCUGCCGCCACUGCGCCGCGCAAGAUUCCCUUGCCGACUUCUUCGGACAUCAGCAAUCCUUGGCCCACGAGCCCUCCGCCGCGCCCGGCACCACCACCACCGCUUCACCCGAUUGAGAAUGAAGCGAGUGAGGUUGCCACAGACGUAGCCGAGAAACGCCUUAGCGGGGCCGGCUCCACGGCCAUGUUCCGAACGGUGCAAUGGGUCCCGACGACGGACAAUUCUCGGUCGUCCUCGGCGACACCUACCGGCAAUCGCCUGUCCCUCCAUGCUCGUACAAAGAGCAACGGCUCGGCCAGUGAAAGCAUCGCCACCAGCAUCGCCACCAGCGUAACCAACAGCAGCACCAGUGGGUCCAGCGCCCUCAGUAGCACUGUGACCAGUACGAUCGGCAGCAGCAACCGUAGCGCGGGCUAUGGAAGCUUCAGUUCCACCAGCACGUCGUCAAACCGGCACUCGUACCUUGCCUCACCGCCACUUCCUCUGCCGCCGCCUCCCAACUACCCUCUACCACCUCUGCCGACACCUAUUCAGCCUACGCCGGCCUCCCAGCCCUCGCAAAGCUCCUUUGACUAUGACGAUGACGAAGGUGGUGCCCGCAUGAUGGCAGCACGCAUGAUGAAGAAGGCGGCUUCCCGUGAUAGUGUACGCUGGCGGCCGACAGCGCUGGGCAAGUCUCUCUUCCGCCGAGAGUCAACUUCCGGGCCAGGGACAGGGUCAUUGUCUGCUGCGGCGGUGACUAGCAACCCCGCGUCCCAGGCACCUACCAGCCAGCCGUUGACGGGCGGAGGGUUGCGGAGCAGCCUUUCGACGCGGAACAGUCUGUCUACCACAACGCUGCUGGCGGCGCAGCGGGUGGCACACACCACGCGGAAGGCGGUCGAGGCGGUUAGCGAGAGCAGCGGUGGUGGCAAUAGCUCGGCCGCCCGGCAGCACGAGCUCGAGAGAGAGAAGUGGCGCGAAGACUUGCGCAGUCGGAUCCGGCUGGUUCCCGAGGGCGGCGAGGUGGCAGCUCAGGCACUGAACGCGGAAACCAUCGUCUCUCCGGUCUCAUCACCAGCUACGGCAUCGAUAUCGGUCCCGGCACCAACAAUAGCAGCACAGCAGCCAAAAGCAGAGGUGAGGACCGUCGUCUACGAAAUGCGCAGCCCGCCGAUCCACGACAACGACAACGACCACGGCGGUAUGAUUUGA